ACAUUUAACUACGUGAUUUGAAUAUGCAAAUGUGAUGACACUUUCGUGAUUGCUAUUUUAUUGGCGAAUUUACUAAAGGACUGUUCUGGAACUACACUAGAUAACAAUUAACAUGAACAAAAACAUUAUUUCACUGGGCCUAUGUAUGUGUAGCAUUCUCCUGCUCACGGGUGCUGACAGACAAAAAAGAUCUAUUUUUUCUGUGAAAAGAUAUAAUCCGUUAUCGCAAAAUGAAGUACAGUAUUACUUACAAGAACUACAAGAACUAAAGGAAAGGUUAAAUGGAGGCCAUGGAGGCAAAUCAAAAAAGAGAGAAAGAAAAUCUAAAAAAGGAGGUAAGAAAUCAACAUCCUGGAGAGAAGAGCCGCCAUGGCGAGCAGGCAUGUCCUGGUGGGAUAGCAGGCAUGGCAAAAAGGCCGGAAGUUCUUCAGGUUCAUGGGCAUCAUCAUCAUCAUCUUAUAAAUGUGACCAACCAAUUGCAUACGGAAAUACAGACUGUACCGCCCAUACUGUGAGAUAUUACUAUGAAAAAGCAAGCAAGAUGUGCCGAAAGUUCCAUUACACCGGAUGUGGAGGAAACAAGAACAACUUUCACAGUAAACGUGAAUGCAUGCGGAAAUGUAGACGUUAAUGCGUUUCAAACAUGAACAUACUUCGUUAUAUAUCUAUAUAUCAUUUCAUUACAUGCACACUGUACAAUCUAAAUAAUCGUUAAUUAUACAUUUAUUUCAAAA